GUAAAAAUCCUUGCUUUUUCUUCUCCCAGUUCUUAGUUUCCUAUUCCCUUUUUCUUUUGCAUUAGGGUUUCGAUUUUGCCUGUGGAUUUCCUUAUUCUUACACCUUUCUGUUCGGAUUGUUUUUUCUUCUUCUUAGAGAAUUAAUAGUUUGUCACAUUGAAGAUGUCGCCUGUUGAUUCUUCACGGGAGGAAAAUGUUUACAUGGCCAAGUUGGCUGAACAGGCUGAACGAUAUGAGGAAAUGGUAGAGUUCAUGGAGAAAGUUGCCAAGACUGUGGAUGUCGAAGAGCUGACUGUUGAGGAGAGGAAUCUCCUCUCUGUUGCUUACAAGAAUGUCAUUGGGGCUCGGAGAGCCUCUUGGAGGAUUAUUUCUUCCAUUGAGCAGAAGGAAGAGAGUCGGGGAAAUGAGGACCAUGUUGCAAUUAUCAAGGAUUACCGGGGCAAAAUCGAGACUGAACUGAGCAAGAUCUGUGAUGGAAUUUUGAGCCUACUUGAGUCUCAUCUCAUCCCAUCAGCUUCAUCUGCUGAGUCUAAGGUGUUUUAUCUCAAAAUGAAAGGUGAUUACCACAGGUACCUGGCUGAGUUUAAGACUGGAGCUGAAAGGAAAGAAGCAGCUGAGAGCACAUUGUUAGCCUACAAGUCUGCUCAGGAUAUUGCUCUUGCCGAAUUGGCUCCUACUCAUCCAAUUAGGCUAGGUCUUGCUCUUAACUUCUCAGUGUUUUAUUAUGAGAUCCUUAAUUCGCCAGACCGUGCUUGCAAUUUGGCAAAGCAGGCUUUUGAUGAAGCAAUUUCUGAGCUCGACACAUUGGGUGAAGAAUCGUACAAGGAUAGCACCUUGAUCAUGCAACUCCUCCGGGACAACUUGACCCUUUGGACUUCUGAUAUUGGAGACGAAGCUGGCGAUGAGAUUAAGGAAGCAGCAUCAAAACGUGAAUCCGGGGAGGGACAUGGACAGUAGUUUGCCUUGAUGAGUUGAUACUUGAUAGGAGAUGUACUCUGUACUUUUUUUCCCUUUUUUUUUUUUUUUUUUUUGUUUUUUCCCCUUCUCUCUCUCUCUUCUUCUAUUUUUUUUUUUUUUUUUUUUAUUUAUUUAAAAAAAAUGUGGCGACCCUGUCUUUAGUGUUAGUGCUACUUGGGUUGUUGGUAGUUCUGAAUGAAAUGUCUUGGUUGAUGGCUUUGGCUUUUGAGUGCGAGAUCUGGAAGUACUGACCUUACUCGGAUUUGUUUUAUAGGUUGUACUAUCGUGGCCUUGAGUCUUAAAGAAUUAUAAGCACUGUUAGGGCCUUUCAAUACUCCAACAAGAGUAUAAUGUGGUUUUAUUAUUUAUGAGAAGAAUUUGGUGUUUGAUCGAUGUUUGAGUGCUAUGGAAUAUGAAUCCUUUUCUUUUUUGGUA